CCGCGGGUACCCUCGGGCACAGCCUCCAAUGUCUGCUUCGAAGUGGAUGACGUGCCGGAGCUCUGCAAGCGGCUGCAGAGCCGGGGAUGCUUCUUGCCGGUGCCCCCCACUGAGGUGAAGGACGAUGGGGGCUCUGUCACCUAUGGGGUGGUGAGCUCCGUUGUGGGUAACAUUAGCCAUACCCUUCUGGACCGAUCCCGCUACCAGGGACCCUUCCUGCCCGGCUUCCAGCCCAUCCGAGGAUCCUCCUUGGCCGCAGGGGACAGGAUCAAGAUCACCCACUUUGACCACAUCACGUACGUCUGCCCACGGGGCAGUGCCCGGGCAGCUCUGGACUGGUACCAGCGCUGCUUUGGCUUCCUGAACCCACAGGAGAAGCCAGCCGAGGGGUACGUGCUGGGCGGGCAGGGGGUGGGCAUGCUGCUCCUCGCGCUGCAGAGCGCCCAGGGCUCCCCAGCACACGGCUGCAAGCUUGUCUUCGCCGAGUCCCUCUCAGAGAACAGCCCCAACCAAGUCGACACCUUUCUGGAGCAGCACGGUGGGGCCGGCAUCCAGCACGUCGGCCUCUGCACCACCGACAUCGUCGCCACAACCAGGGCUUUGCAGCAGUGGGGUGCGCAGUUCUUCACACCCCCUGCCACCUAUUACAGCCAGGGGGGCAAAGCACAGGAGAUCCGGGGGGCUGGACAGGACCCCCAUGCACUGGCAGAGCUGGGCAUCCUGCUGGACACCACAGUGUCUGGGGACAAGGGACAGCCAGGCACUCAUGCUACAGAGAGCCCUUCCCAGGAGUAUUUGAUGCAGAUCUUCACUCAUCCCAUCUUCUCCGAGGAAACCUUCUUCCUGGAGCUCAUUGACCGGCGGGGAGCACCGGGCUUUGGGGAGGGCAAUAUACGGGCGCUGUGGAAAGCUGUGCAGGUCUAUAUGGACCAGCAGCAGUAA